GAAGGAUAUAUAGUCAACUUCGCGCCUCGCAUUGCUUCAGCAUCUCCGGACAGAUCGUGGCAGGGGAUAAGUUUCUUUUAGGAAUUAAAGACAAUGGCGGACCCUCAGAAAGACGGCCUCUUUGACAUCCCAGACUAUGACGGCUUAGAGGAUGAAGCUUUCCCUCCUCUCCCUCCUCCUCACUCACCCGGCCAGGGAGGACAGGAGGACGGAGACCCUUUUGGAAAUGAGGAAGAGAACGGCGAGGUGUCCAAGCUGGCCGAUGUUCCUGCUGCUAAAAGAAAAGGAGUGAAGAGGCCACAACCCAAACUGGACUCUCAGAGGCUAAUCUCAGAUAGAGGACUUCCCGCUCUGCGAACGCUGUUUGAAAAUGUUCUUUUCAAAGGCAAAGGCCACGAGGCUGAGGAUCUGCGGCUGCUGAUGCAGAAGAUGGAGAACUGGGCUCACCGCUUGUUCCCAAAACUACAGUUUGAAGAUUUUAUUGACAGAGUGGAGAAGCUUGGCAACAAGAAGGAAGUGCAGACUUGUCUGAAACGGAUCCGACUGGACAUGCCGUUGACACACGAAGACUUUAUUGGUGAAGAGGAGCCGCCUCCAGAACCACACAUCUUUGGGGAUCUAGAUCCGUUUAAUACUGCAGAUUUCCCUGAUGACCUGCAGGGGGCGAUCCACUCCACUCCAGCUCCGGUCCCUGUACCUUCCCUCCCUUCCUCCCCCACUGUCCCCUCUCUAACUGAGGAGCAGCGCAGACGUAUGGAGCUGAACCGACAGAAGGCGCUGGAGAGGAAACUCUCUCGCCAACAGCAGCAGCAGCAGCAAACAGAUCCUUCAGACUCGCAGCCUGUCGACUCUUCAGCGCCACCACAUGAGCCCACAUCUGUCUCCUCUGCAAACAUGCUCAACUCGUCUAAAGCUCAGGAUGAGCAGGAGGAAGUGGAGGAUUUACACCCACAGCCAGACAGCAGCAGCAGCACGCAAGAAAAACAGCAAAAAGAAGAAGAGCAGAGCGAGCCUCCAGAGAAAGACUCUGAGACGUCAGAAGAAGCAGCUCAGUGUGAGAAAGAAGACGAAAACGGCCUCGAUGCUGAUAACAAACCAACAAACCCACCCGAGUGUGAGGAGAGUCCUGCUGAAAUGAGUGUAGCUUAAUCUGCAACCAAAUUUGUUCAAAUGUACAUUUUGUUUUAUAAAUAUGGAAUAAACAGACUGACCUCAGCGCUGAGUCAGCAAACUGAGCUGGAGUUUUCACUCUUUAGGUUUCACUGCAGGCAGGAUGCUGUUCAGUUUUCUUGAUUGAUUGAUUGGUGUUUGAUCUAUAAAGUGUUUUUAUGAUUUCUGUUAGAGCUCCCCAAAUGCUGCAGUCAUAUUAUGUCAAAACCAAGGAAGCAGUAAAACACGCCAUGCCUUAUCAAUCAUCCUCUAAUCAGAAACAUUUCUGUAAAACUGUUAUGUUCCUGUCAGAAAUAAAGACAUGGUGCUGUACUCUGAUGGUGUGCUGAGAUCCACAUAUUACAUAAUAAAUUUAAUAAAGGCUUUUUUAUUUCUAAA